AUAGGCUCCACAGAGAGACCUUCCUUCCUUCCGUCCGUCCGUCCUAGUUCCUACUGUGCUUUCUCGUCCUGUUUUAUCUAUUUGUUCAUCAGAGUCCCCCUACUGAGCCUAAUUGCAUGGAUACUGCAAAUGGAGCUGUAAGAAUGAUCCCCGAGAACGUAGAUGGAGCACUGUUGCAGAGAAUCCUGGACUCUCAUAAGCCACUGGAUGCCAAGAAAUUUGAUGCCAAGCCUCUUCUUGAUGCUGUAGAGGAUAUCAUUCGACGAGUCGAGGGAUCCAAUGGCAAGGCAUCCCAAGGCGAUCUCGGCAGAAUGAUGGAACCCUGGAUCCAUGAAACUAUUAAAAAGGUUUCUUGUGAGCUCUCCUGCAAGUGUUCGGGGGCUACUGCAAACACGAGGGAAGUCGCCCUGGUACUUCUUCAAUCACUGGGAAGCUACUCAUGGGAAGCCAAGGCUGUCAUAACCUUGGCCGCAUUUGCCGCCAACUAUGGCUCAUAUUUACUGGUUUCCCAACUUUAUGAGAGGAACGACCCAUUUGUCAAAUCUGUGGCUUUCCUCCAACUGUCCCCAAAUCAAUCGAAACAGACCCAUUCGACAUUCAAGUCUGAGGCACUGAAAGUUGUCAAGGCCAUCCUCUAUCUUACCAAGUACAUUGUUGACGUCAGGACCUUCCAAUCUCAGAACGCUAUGUUAACUUCAAUUUUCAAUGCUUAUGAAGAUGAUUUGGCAAAGGCUGUGUAUUUGAGCAUUUUAAGUACCGUGGCUUCUGAAUCACUACUGAUGAGCACUGUGGCCUUGGGAUAUGAGUAUGAACCAACAGCAACGGACGCUCAAGUGUUUUCUAGCCUAGCGAUAGAGCUAAAGAGCGUACGCAUGGAGCUAGGGAGCCAAAUGGAAAGCUGGAAGAAGUACAUUGAGGAGAUAAUUGUUCUUGAGGAUUAUGGGAGACUUGUCCGUAAGUUUAAGGGAACAUACACCAAUAAUAUGGAAAUCCUCAAAGCUCUACUCUGGAAAGAGAGUCAAGCGACAAUGAUCUAUAAUUGUUCUACUAAGAUGCAGGAAGAAAUGAACAAGCUAAGUGGUAAACAUGUGCUGCUAUACUUUUCAAACCUAGAGCAGCUUUCCGAAGACGAAAUCUCUAUUCUCUCUGAGAAAUAUGAAAGAAAAUUGACUCCAUAUGAGAUCGUGUGGGUUCCUAUCAUGGAUGAAUCAAUUUCAUGGAAUGAGGAGAUAGCAAAAUACUUCAAGAAAACUCGAGAUUCAAUGCCCUGGUACUGCAUUAACGAGCCUUUCAAGCUUGGCAAAGCUGUCAUCAAGUACAUCAAGGAGGUUUGGAAGUUCAAGGACAGGUCACAGCUUGUGGUACUAAACCCACAAGGAAAAUUUGUGAAAUCUGGCGCCGUCGACCUCUUUUGGAUUUGGGAAAAAUCGGUUUUUGCAUCUGAAUCGACUAAUAUCAAGGAAGAAGAUGAACAACUUUGGAAAGGGACCAUGAUUCAACUGUUGCAAGAUACUUUGGGAGAAACAAUAAAUGAAUGGAUUGAUGCUCGAAAGUACAUCUUCUUGUUUGGAGGUGAAGACACAAAGUGGAUUCAGGAAUUUGUAGAAUAUGCUUGCAACGUUGUAAAGGAUGCUAACAUAGAAUUCGUCAUGAUGUACGUUGGAAAAAGCAAUUUGAGCUGGAAAACACACCAGAAGAUUUUCGAACAAAAAAACCCCAAUUUCAAUAUUAUAUUUCGAUUUACAGAAAAAAAGUACAUGUCGUCAUUUUGGGCCACCCUGCAAAGCAUAUGGCAAACUAGGGUGGAAAGUGGUAAGUCUAUUGUAGAUGAUAUGACAAUGGAAAACAUCGUGACACUUCUGAGCUUUGAUGCAAGCGCUGGAGGAUGGGCUGCAAUUUGUCGUGGUUCAAGCCCUAAGAUGGCCAAAGCUCAGGAUGAAACCAUUCUAAAUCUAUUGAAAAACUACACUACAUGGGCAGCACUCAACAAACAAGUUGGUUUUGUUGAUGCACUCAUUCAGAAGAUUAAAGAGGGUAAGACCUAUGAAAGCUAUCAUGAUUGCUACAGCUUGGCCGUUGUUGCUAACAUAGGGAGCACCCCUAAAAAGGUUAAAUGCCUUAUUUGUGGCAAAGUUAUGAAGAGCUUCAUUACCUAUAGUUGUUGCCCUGAUCUCUAGGCUAUAUAGUUUGUGCACUUUGGUGAUGGAUCCAUAAGAAUAAACGAGUCCAGUUGUUGCCCUGAUCUCUAGGCUAUAUAGCUGGUCCACUUUGGUGAUAGAUCCAUAAGAAUAAACGAGUCCAAGUUGUAAACCCUAUUUUGCUUUGUUAAGUUUGUUGAACUGGUGCAACUUGCAUUCUACAUAAAUGAAUGGGUCACCGGUCUUGUGUUCUAGACUCACACUAUCGAGUCUGUGUAUGUGUGGUAUUUUUAAAUGUACUAGUCAUCGGAAAAGAAUAUUGUUAGACAUUUGGCAC